AGCGGGAGGGCGGGAGCGAGGCACCCCUGAGGGUUGGGCCGACGCCUGCGCGCUGAGGGAGAUCCGGGUACUUGGCAGGAUGAGAGCGGCUUUCCAAGAUGGCGGCGGAGGGAGGAGGGAAGGAAAUGAACGAAAUUAAGAGCCAGUUCACCACCCGGGAAGGCCUGUACAAGCUCCUCUCUCACUCCGAGUACAGCCGCCCCAACCGCGUCCCCUUCAACUCGCAGGGCUCCAACCCGGUCCGCGUCUCCUUCGUCAACGUUAACGACCAGUCCGGGAACGGCGAGCGCAUCUGCUUUAACGUGGGCCGCGAGCUCUACUUCUACAUCUACAAGGGCGUCAGGAAGGCCGCGGAUUUAAGCAAACCGAUCGACAAACGGAUCUACAAGGGGACGCAGCCCACGUGUCAUGACUUUAAUCAUCUCACAGCAACGGCAGAGAGCGUCUCACUGCUGGUCGGGUUCUCCGCCGGCCAGGUUCAGCUCAUAGACCCCAUUAAGAAGGAAACCAGUAAGCUCUUUAAUGAGGAGAGGCUAAUAGACAAGUCCAGAGUAACCUGUGUAAAAUGGGUCCCAGGCUCGGAAAGCCUUUUUCUCGUAGCUCAUUCCAGUGGGAACAUGUACUUGUAUAAUGUGGAGCACACGUGCGGUACUACAGCGCCCCAUUACCAGCUACUGAAACAAGGAGAAAGCUUUGCCGUUCAUACAUGCAAGAGCAAAUCCACGCGGAACCCUCUACUGAAAUGGACUGUGGGAGAGGGAGCCCUCAACGAAUUUGCGUUUUCCCCAGAUGGGAAGUACUUGGCGUGUGUGAGUCAAGAUGGCUUCCUCCGAGUGUUUAACUUUGAUUCCGUAGAGUUGCAUGGUACUAUGAAAAGCUACUUUGGUGGACUCCUUUGCGUGUGUUGGAGCCCUGACGGGAAGUACAUUGUAACAGGUGGGGAGGAUGACCUGGUCACCGUUUGGUCUUUUGUGGACUGUCGAGUAAUAGCUAGAGGCCAGGGUCACAAGUCUUGGGUAAGCGUGGUGGCAUUUGACCCCAAUACCACUAGCGUAGAAGAGACUGAUCCUAUGGAGUUUAGCGGAAGCGAUGAAGAUUUCCAAGAACUGAUCAACUUUGGUAGAGACAGGGCCAAUAGUACGCAGUCAAGGUUGUCUAAACGGAACUCUACAGACAGUCGUCCAGUUAGUGUGACCUAUAGAUUUGGCUCGGUAGGCCAGGACACGCAGCUCUGUUUAUGGGACCUCACGGAAGACAUUCUUUUCCCUCAUCAGCCUUUGUCAAGAACAAGGACACAUACCAACGUCAUGAACGCCACCAGUCCACCGGCGGGAAGCGGCGCCCCUAAUCCAGGUAGUAAUGGCAACAGCAUUACCACGCCGGGCAACACCGUACCUCCCCCUCUUCCAAGGUCCAACAGCCUUCCCCACUCUGCUGUGUCCAACACUGGCAGCAAAAGCAGCGUGGACAGCGCCAUCGCUUCCGGCGUCAGCAAGUUCGCCACCCUGUCCAUCCACGACCGCAAGGACAGGCACCAUGACAAAGACCACAAGAGGAACCACAGCAUGGGACAUAUAUCUAGCAAGAGUAGCGACAAACUCAACCUAGUUACAAAAAAUAAAACGGACCCGGCUAAAACAUUGGGGACCCCUCUUUGCCCCAGGAUGGAAGACGUACCUUUGUUAGAGCCUCUUAUCUGUAAAAAAAUAGCACACGAAAGACUAACGGUGCUCAUUUUUCUUGAAGACUGUAUAGUCACUGCUUGUCAGGAAGGAUUUAUUUGCACAUGGGCCAGGCCUGGUAAAGUGGGUUUAUUAUCCUCCCAAAACCAAGCGAAUUCUCCAAGUGGGACUGUAGUAUAGCCCACGACACCACCUACCGCUAGUGAAACAUUAACACCCCAGGACCAGACGUAAUGACAGAGGAACCAGGAAAUAAUCUUCAGCUGCAGAAUAUCCAUUUAGAACAAAAA